AUGUCGACGGCACCAGUCAUACUGCUGAGUGGCGCGGGCAGUGGCAUUGGCCUCAAUGUACUCACUCAACUGUUGGAGAAGCAACCGACUCCACGCGUCCAAGUGUUGACAUUGUGUCCGUCAGCCGAACUCACAGCUUUGGAGACUCAGUACGGCAAAUCGUACUUGAACACAGUCUACGGCGAUGCUUGCGACACAUCAAUCGUCGAGAAGGCCGUCCGCGAGACAAUAGCCAACUAUGGCACCAUGAGCCACCUCAUAAGCUGCAUCGGGACCAUGCUCCCGGUCCAAAGCAUCCGCGACGUUGCCCUGGCGGAUUUGAAGAAGAUAUUCGACAUCAACUACUUCUCGGUCGUCGACCUGGUUCAACGUUCCUUGCCGCACCUGUCUCCGUCCGAAGCUUCAGAGGCGACGACGCGGAAAUCCAAACCUACCAUCAUCAUCGUGACAAGCGGCGUGGACUCGACAGUCCUAUACCGCGGCUGGAGCGGAUACUGCACGUCCAAAGCCGCAUUGACGCGGUUCAUCCAUCUCCUGGCGCAUGAGGAGCGCGACAUCGAUGUCUACGGCGUCCUGCCGCUCGUCACGAAAUCGCCCAUGGUCGACAAGAUCUUCAACGGGGAAUAUGACCACGUCAUGCGUCCUGACGAGAGGGAGCGGUUUGAUACCUGGGCCAAAGAAGGCAGGAUAGAGCCGCCGGAACAUAUUGCCAAUGCGAUUGUGAAGGCUGCCGUGGGAGAAAUCACGCCCGAGUCCAAAGAGGUGGAGAGGAACGAAUGUGGUGCGUUGUUCAUCGGGAGUUUGUAUCAGAAAUAG